UUCGUGACUGUGUCAGCAAUGUCAUGCUGUAGUAAAGCACGCUAAAUUAUAACGUAUUAUUGCUUACAAACUGCGGCUGCUACGGCCACUACGGCUUACACCAUAGGUGGCUUACACCGCACUCCGACUGUCAGCAUUACGAUCAUGGCGGCCGAGGGCGAAAAGAAGUUAUCGUUGAAGAAAGACGAAAUUAAACGUCAAGCCCAAGAACAGGGCGUUGUAGACGGCUUUAACCAACUGAGGCAAGAGCAACGUGCCCUAACAGCAAAACUUAUCGAACUGGAAAUGGAACUUAACGAGCACAACUUGGUUGCUGAAGCACUUCAGAAAGUUGAUGGCGACCGACGCUGUUACCGAAUGGUUGGAGGUGUGCUUGUUGAAAGGACGGUCAAGGAUAUUCUUCCUGCUGUGGAGCGAAACAAGGAAAAUUAUUGUUGGCUGUCAUGGGCUCACUUGAUUUCGAAAUCAGUGGAGCUGUUAAAUGAGAAGAUUGUACAGAAAGGCCAAGAGGUGAAUGAGUACCGUGAAAAGCACAACAUCCAAAUUAGGGUCUCUUCCAAUGCAGCCUCCAAGUCCCAGCCUCCCGCAGGGAGCAGUGGUGGGGGUGAGAAGCCAGCAUCACAACCUGCAACAGGAGUGUUAGUCUGACAGAGUCAGCUGUUUGUUUGUUUUUCUUUUACCUUUUUUAGUUGUCAUUUUACUGCAGCUUCAUGCUUCAACUUUUACUACCACAGCUGUUUCACAUGAAUGAAAUGUGGGGUGUAAUUUUAUGGAUGCGCCUUAAGCCUCAAUAAGAUGUUGCGCACCAAGAUAUUUGAGCUUUCCUUUUUUUCCUUGAUGUUCCUUUUUCUGGUAAAUAAAAUAUUUAUAUGUA